AUGUCAAUAGCAAGAGACGUAAAAAUAAAUAAAUAAUAUAAAUAAUAGUAAAAAAAAAAGUUAUAAAAAAUAUUUGACAGUUUUAUAAUAAUUUCAGUUUUGUGUUUUAGUUCAGGACUUAGCUCCUCUUCUGAUUUUUUACCUCCAUUAAAAUGAUCACUGCGAAUAAAAUCGUAUGGCUUAGGAACCCACUGUGAUCCAUCAGCGUCAAAAAAUCACGUGUUUACAAAAUGUUAGAACAGAAUGUAGAAUCUUAUUUUUUUUUAAUUUAAAAUUAAGCAUUUAUUAUAUAUUAGAUUUUUUCAUCACAGAAUCCCUACAAAUUUAUUAACUUUUACUAAACUUAAAAAUUUUGAAAAGGUUUGCAAUUCUUCGAAUUAUUGUUAUUGAUAAAAUUAAGGUUAUGGUACUACUUACUUCAGCCUUUUAAUUGCAGCUAUCCACUUAUUCCGUUGGAUUAUUUUCCAUUGAGCAGUCGGAAAUUUACAAAAUUUGCACUUACUUUUUCUGCUGGUAUUCUUACAAUUUACAACACAACAACUCUGGUGUCUCAUUUUUUUUUAAUUUAUUAAAAUUAAAACAAAAUAAAUACUUUCACGUGUGCUUGCUUACAAUUUUUGUAAUAAUAGCCUCCCGUAACACCAAAAGUAACCACUGCGAGCGCUUCAGUCGAUUUAAUUUCUCCUACCAUGGCUCCACUCAGAGCGAAUAGCGAGGUUUGGGCGCAAACGCUGUUAAGCACAAUAGUGGGAGUACCUCAAUUCUAACAAUUUUGUCCCCUACAACCCCGAGCUAAUCUUAUAAUGAGGUCCUACUGUAUAUGUACUCGGACAUCAUCUUGAAAUCAGUCAAAAUUAAUAGCUUCCUAGAACCUCAAAACGUCGAGAUCUGUUAAAAACUCGGUUUUCGAAAACCGGACUAAAACCAACAACUUUCCUUUUUCGAAAAUUUUCAAUUUUCUUAGCGGGAAGUUAAAAUUUUGUAUACUUAAAACUUAUUGAUAAAUUGUCAUAAAUAUUGUUUAUCUAAAUUAGGAAUUACAGUAGAAAAUAAAAAUUUUUAGAGGCUCUCAAUACUAAUAAUAGCGCAGCAUAAUAAUUUUUUAACAAAACUUCCUGUUUCAAGUUUCGUCGACAGCAUAAUAAAAAUUCGUAGAUUUCUAAAGGUAGCCUGGUAACUCGGACCGUUUUUCAAGCCUAUUUUAGAUUCCUUUUUCUUAAGAAAGAACAAGUAAAAAAAUUAUAUUGUUAGAGAAAAAUAAAUUUGUGUUUUUUUUGUUAUUUAAGGCAUUGGUGUUUCCAAAUGACGAUAUAAAUCGUGAAUACAAUACACUAAAUUUAUAUCCUCUAUACACAGGCAAAAUAAUAUCAGCAACUAACGAUCCUGUAUUUGAAGAACAGGCAGAAAAUUUUCUCAGUAAUCUGACAGUAAUUCACUCAAAAACUCUUCUAGAUUUAGUAAAUGAUCCUGAGGCAAAAUCAUCUUUCUUCUCACAAUUUGCUUUCAAUAACCAUAAUAUUACUCUCAUCAAUAUGUAUUUGGAUUAUUUGAAUUAAAUUUAAAAUUGAAAAAAAACAAAAUUCAUUAGAUAAAAGAGACCUUUGUCAAUUAUUCCUUUUUAGUAGAUUUCAUAAAAAUCUAACUAUUGUAUUUGUCCUCAUGAUGGAAUUUUCGAAAAAUUUUCCUACCUCUAAACUCAGCUCGACGAGCUGAGUCAGAAAAUACAUUCAGUUCAAAAGUUUAUAUAUGUAUUUAUAUAUAUAUAUAUAUAUAUAUAUACAAUAUAACGCGCCGUUCUCCAACGAUGGACGAUUACCUUGGAUGAGUUCAAAGAUGAGCCAAUUCGGCCAAUAAGUUUAGAAGUUGUGGUUAGUUGAAAUUUUGUAAAAUUUUCAAAAAAAAUUUGUUUGCCGCUUUAACUGGAUAUAACUUCUAAACGGAAAGAGAUAGCUUAUAUUCGUUUAAUCUAUGUGAAAAAAAGAAAAAAAAGAAAGGCCCUUCGGCAGCCGAAAUCGAAGGUAGAUUUUCCAACUAAUGUAUAUAAAAAGUUUUUUACAUACAUAUCUUGCGAUUCACGUUAGUGUAUAGUAGACUGUGCCAAAUGAAAUGUGAAAUCGAUAUUUCUUUUUUUCGGUCCCAUACGAAAAUUAGGUUGUGUCACUAAAAAAAAAAAUUGGUCUAUCAGUUGAUCCUGCGGGUCAGCCCCAAAACUUCCCGCUGUUUUCGAGCUCAAGAACCUCAAAAAACAUUAAUGUGAAUACAUUUUCUCGAAAAUACGUUUGUAUGCUGUUGUUUUCGAAAAAAAAACGAUUCUCACCAUUUUUUCUUCAACGAUAUCUCUCAAACGAAUAAACCGAUUGAGACGGUUGAGGUGGCAAGCGACGCGUUUUGUCAAGUUUUAAAGCUGGUCAAAUUUUGGAUUCGAUUUAUCGAGUAGUUUUUGAGAUAUUUCAGAAAAAAUAAAAAAAUUUUUUUUUUUUUAAUUCGUUCGACAACGGUCGAACGUUCUUUCACCCUAAUAUGUAUAUAUAUUUUUUUUCUUACUCAAAAACACAAUUUAAAACUCUACAAAACGAUAGCCACGAUUUAAUUACGGCAGAUAAAAACUAAGCAGUCAUUACCAAAUUUUUUAUGGUUCUUUGACCAAUAGCAAUCACGAUUGAUUUCCAGUGUAGACAAAGCAUUUGGCCUAGGGCAUUUAUAUUCAAUCAACAACAUUAUCUAUUUGGAUUCACUUAAUUUCGUUGAACACAAAGAACAUUCAGUUAUCGACAAGUCGUUUAGUAAAAUAACAAGUGCAGUAAUUGUAUAAAAUGUACGCGAUAGCAAAUAAAUUAUUACUUGUUAUUAUCAUUGAACUUGUCACAAUAAGUCUUACUGCCAGUAAAAUAAUGCCUUUAUUGGAAAUUUCUGCUGGUGACAUAGUUAAUAUAAAUUAUUUGAAAGAAUCGUCAACUGAAACAACUGGGAAUAUAUUUGAUGGAUAUAGAGAAGGAGAAUUUACCAAAACCGACUAUUUUACUGGUGAACAUUAUACUACUAUAAAAAAAAAAUCAUGUUUAUCUUUUGAAUCUAUAUCAUCCUAUUAUCAUCCAGAAGUCAGCAUUGAUGAUACGGAACACGAUCCUACAAAAAUAUUUAGCAGCGCGGAUAGAGUUAAAUAUAAUUACUUUGGCAUUAGCCAAAAUUAUAUUGAUAAUAGAUAUCUGUAUGGUAUUGUUAAAAUAUGUAAAGUCAAGAAAACGCAAAAUCUAAACAUUCGAGUGAUUGACGGAAGUGAUUUUCCAAAUAUUAAUUAUCGCAGAAAUGACAAACUAUUACUUGGUGAAACAGCAGUUUUACGAUUAAAAGGAAAUAAUGGAACCCAUUUCGUAUCGUCCAUCACUACCGGAGAGUGUCUGCUCCAAGUUUAUGUUAACGAAGCAGAAAAGUGUACUUUAACAGAUGGAUGCGAAAAGGAGAAACGUUUCAACGAUUUUUUCGAAUGGCCUUUGUAUAGAAGCCGCGUUAUAAUUGCCAGUAAUAAACGCGAUCUUGAAAAUCAAGUUAAUGAAGAUUUGAAUAAUUCUAGGAAAUCACUUUUCGAUUUAAGUAAUGAUCCAAUGGCUUACCCCAGUAUUCUCAAUCUUCUGAUGCGAAACGCUGUUAUUCGUAUUAAAUUACAUUCACUACCUGAAUUACCGAAAUCACGAAUCAGAUCAGUACAGAAUCCAAUUACUCAUAAAACUCCAUUGAAAUCUUUAAAACCCGGUGAUAUUAUUAAUGCUUCCAAUUUAAAAGCUAUAAAUUCAUCUAUUACGGUCGAUAAUAUCUUAGUCGACGUAUACGAUGGAAAAAUAGACAGAUCGAUGACGUUCAAAUAUACUGAUUGUUUUGAGUACGACGUCAAUGAAAUACCUAUACUGAAUUAUGUCUCUUAUAAAACGUACCCUAAUUAUUUGGCUGAUUAUUAUUAUAAAUUUGACCUAUUUGACGAAAUGGUUAAACGCAAAUACUACGGAAUUGAUCGCAAAUAUUUAAAUAAUAAAUACAAAUGUAUGAAGAUUACUAUUUGCUCUGAAUUUGAAAGAAAAAAAUUAAUUAUUCCGUCUGUUCGUGUCAUUAGUUUGGGCAAACAGAACAUCAGGAAUUCAAGUAUUUUCAUUGGUGAAAAUGUCGUCCUGCGCUAUAAGAUAAAUAAUGAAACGCACUACGUUGCUCGUACAGAAGAAGGCAAUUGCUUGUUCCAGGCAUUGGUGUUUCCAAAUGACGAUAUAAAUCGUGAAUACAAUACACUAAAUUUAUAUCCUCUAUACACAGGCAAAAUAAUAUCAGCAACUAACGAUCCUGUCUUUGAAAAAUGGGCAGAAAAUUUUGUCAGUUAUCUGACAGUAAUUCACUCAAAAACUCUCAUGGGUGUCAUAAAUGAUCCUGAAACGAAAGCAAUUUUUUUCUCUCAAUUUGCAUUUAAUAACCAUAAUAAGACUCUCAUAAAUAUCUAUUUGGAUGAUUUGCAUUAAAUUUAAAAUUAAA